UUGAUACUGGAGUUUUGAAUUUGAAUCAGUGCGUUAGAACUCUUCGUGCGUCGCUAUAAUUUUUAAACUAGCUACUAAUUUUCGAGUGAACUAUUUCGUCCAAACUUAAGCCAUGUCUUUUUCAAGAGCUCCAGUGAAACGAUUUAAUGAAAAUAUCGGCUGCGCCCCAGCACCGGGCACAUAUGAGCUGAAACCAGGAGAGGUGAAGGGACCUGCCUCUUUCCACCGAUCAGAGCGCUUCAAACUGCUCAAAGCCAGUGGUGCUCCUUUCAUCCCACCACCAUCUCCUUCUAAAGAUGUUCCCAUGUCACCUGUGGCUGUGCGUAGGACCAUGUCUGUGGAUGGCCUGGUUGAUGGGUCCAUGUCAAAGAAAGACAAGAGCGGCCAAUCGAUGCAGAUGAAACAGCAGAAACUCCUGGAGAAAGAGAUCCGGUCCCUGGUGCAGCAGCGCGGGGAGCAGGACAGGCGCCUGGUAACCCUGGAGGAGGAGCUGAGGAAGGUGGAGGCCAAGCUGUUGUCUGCGGUCAGGGAGAAGACUGGUCUGGCAGCUAACAUCACCACCCUGGAGAGACAGCUGGCUGAGCUUAAGAAGACUAACGAGUUCCUCAAGAACAAGGUUUCUGCAGACACCACUAAGAAGAGGAUCCAGUCUCUGUCUAUGGAGCUGAUGGAGGCCAGAAACAAAUUGGACGUCAAUGACAAGGAGCUGAGUUUCCUCCAGAUCAGUACAGAGGGCCAGGUGAAGUUGCUGGAGACAGACCUGGAGGCAGCCAGAGCUACACUCACCGCCCUGAGGGAGAGGAACAAGGACCUGGAGGACCUCCACCAUGACACCAAAGUCCAGAAUGAGGAGCUGGAGAAUGAUAUGGAUACGCUGCAAGCUGUGAUCCAGGAGCUGAGAGAGGAGGUCAAUGUUCUUCAGGGUUACCUGGACACAGCCAACGACCACAUCCAGGAUCUGCGUAUGAAGCUUCAUGGGAAGACCGAGAUGGUGAACAGCAUCUCUGAGUCUCAGCAGGAGAAACUGGGCCAUCUUGAGCAGAAACUUGAGCAGUGCACCGCGGAGCUCGAAAACUCUCAGAACACUCUCCGUCAGAAGGAGGAGGAGUCAGAGAAAGGUCAGCAGGACCUGCAGGCUUCCCGUGAUGCUUUGCAGGAGACGGAGAAGCUUCUGGAGCGGCGAGAGGUGGAGCUGAUGUCCUCCCAGAAGGCAUUGGGAGAGAUGGAGGUACAGGUGCAACGGGCCAACCAGGAAGUGUCUGACUCCCAGAUUGCACUGCGGCAGCAAGAGGCGGAGCUAGUGCGGCUGCGAGAGGUGCUGAGGAGGACAGGGGAGGAGCUGGAUGAGAAAGUAGCUCACCUGGAAGAGAAGUGCAAGGUCCUGGAGGAGGAGAGCGUUAGUAGCCAGGGGAGAGUGGAGGAGCUGAAGGCAGAGCUGAGCCUCCUGCGGGAGAACAGGAGGAGUGAGGAGGAGGUGCAGGAGCAGCUGGAGCAGACACACACCUCCCUGGCUGAGGAGCUGAAGCAGGAAAAGGAGCAUGCAGCCUCCCUGGCCUCAGUGCUGGAGAGGGUGAGGGAGGAGACAGAGGAGGAAAGAAAAGAGUUGGAGGAUGAGUUGGAGGAGGCUCUAGGAGUGCUGUCGGUUCUGGAGUUGCAGGAUGAGCGGAGAGUGGAGGCCCUACAGGGUCUCCAACAGGAGAAGACCGAGUUGGAGAGAGAGCUGACUGAGACCAGAGCACUGCUAGACAGGAGGAGCAGUGACGUGCAGGUGGUACACUCUACCAUGAGGAGCCUGCAGGAGGAACACACCACCUCCCUCAGCAAGAUAGGAGACCUGGCCACUGAACUGGAGAGCUCCAGGCAGGCCCUGAAGGGAGCAGAGGAGAGGGGUAGAGCGCUGGAGGAAGAGGUGGAGAGGGUGACGAAGCAGAUGAAAGAAGAGAUGGAGAGAAUGAAUCAGUGUAAAGAGGUGGAGGUGAAGAAGGUGAGGGAGGAGAUGGAGGAGGAGCAGGAGAAACAUCUAGCUGACCAGCAGGCUCAGGAGAAAGCAAGAGCGGAGUAUGCAAGAAUGCUGUUGGCGGCACAGACUCGUCUAGCUCAGAGAGAUGAGGAGAUGAAGAGGGCUGAGGAGGAGGUGCAGAGACAGCUGCAGGAGGAGAGGAUGGAGAAAGAGGAGGUUCAAAGGCUACUGGAGCAGGAGAAAGGAGAGAGGGAGGUGCAGAGGAGAGACUUGAAGCAAUGUAUGUCAGAGGAGGUGGGGAGGCUAGAGAGACAGGUGGAGGUGUUAGAGGAGGAGAAGCUAGCUCUUAAGUGCUUGGUAGGAGAGGUGGGAAAGGAGAAACAGAGCCUUCACAACCAUUUUGAGAAGAUGGAGGAUCAGGUACAGAAAGAUCUGCCCUGUCUAGAGAACCACAUGGAGGUAGAGAAAGAGAGGGAUGAACUGAAAACGGUAGUGGAGAUGUUUGAAAUAGACAAACGGGGCCUUCAGGACCAGGUAGAACUAAUACACAACCGACUGAUGAAGGCAGAAGAACAGAGAGCGAGUCUCCAGAGCCAGUUAGAACUGAUGGAAGAGAAGGUUUCUCUCCAGAGCCAGGUGGACCCAGUUGUCCAGGAGAAGGUGACUCUCCAGAGCCAGGUGGACCCAGUUGUCCAGGAGAAGGUGACUCUCCAGAGCCAGGUGGACCCAGUUGUCCAGGAAAAGGUGACUCUCCAGUGGGAGAUGGAGGAACAGAGAAGAGACUUCCAGAGACAGCUGGUGGCAACUCGGGACAAGAGUGAUGCAGAGACAGAACACUGGAGAAGACAGUACGAGGAGCUCUUCACUAAGGUCAAACCCUUCCAGGAGCAGCUGAAUGGGUUUGCUGCAGAACGGGACGCGCUACUGAAUGAGAAUGGGGCAAACCAGGAGGAGCUGACCCGGCUCGCGGACGCCUACGCUCGUCUGCUGGGUCACCAGAACCAGAAACAAAAGAUCAGACACGUGGUGAAGCUCAAAGAUGAGAACGUCUCCCUCAAACAGGAGCUGUCUAAGCUGCGUGCCCAGGUGUCUCGUCAGAAGGGAGGCCAGCCCCAACGCAGGGUUGACUCCAUCAAAGCCUUGAACCACCUGGACAGCAAGGAGAACGAGCAGCCUGCUGCCGCACCUCUCAGACAGGGAAACCGCUGUUGAAAGGUAAACAAUGGACAGACCCUCAUAGAAAGCACCAACUGUCCUGGGUGAACAGGACGCCUCCUGUUGAGUCAAGAGGUUGUCAUGUUCUUGCCUAAUAUUUAAUUGUCAUUUGAUACCAAAUGCUCUGAAAAGCUACUUGAUGAAUCUACAAGGGGGGGUGGGGGUGUUUGCAAACCUGUAUAUGUUUUAGCAGAAACAAAGGCCUUUAUCUUUCCAUCCUAUAGAGCAAUUAUGUCAGUAUCAGCAUGAAACAUGCCCGUCAUUCUUUUGCUACAGCAUUCAUAUUAAGCACAAUGUUUUGUUUGUUUUCUUCAACAUAACAUACAGUUGUGUCUAAUGCAAAUACCUUGUACAUGUUUAGCUCUAUUCAUUUACAUUUAGUUUGUUUGAUUAGACAUUCCCAUCUUAUUUCCAGAAGAUGGGAAUGUAAGUUCUCUUUUCACUGGUUUACCUUUUUACUUUCUUCCAACAGCCUGACUCUUGUAAAUAAAGCCCCACAUGUUCUCUCUUCCUUCACACUGAGAGAAGCGGGAUGAUUGUUUUAAAUAAA